CAGAAUAUACAGUAGUUUGAGUUUCUUCUUUCCCCCUCUCUCUCUAUGAGUAUAUAUAUCAAAGAACGGUGUCUAGUACUUCCAAACCCUAGAGAGGCAUGAGAGCCCACCUUCAACGCCAGACACAAGUCCACCUUCCCUCUCCUCUUGCUUCUCUGUCAUUAAUUUGUUGUAUAACAUGAUAUAUUCCAACAUGAGACGUUGUAUUUGAUCUCUUUGUAUCGCCCGCGCAUCUUGUUUGAGAUAAUUAGAUUUAGUUUAGGUUUUAGGGAUACUGGACAUCAUGGAAAAACCAAUUUCUCUCAUCAAUGGAGGGAUCAGACUGCCUAUCGGGUACCGGUUCCGUCCCACUGACGAAGAGCUCGUCGUUCACUACUUGAAACGCAAGAUCUUCUCUAUCCCAUUGCCGGCUUCAGUCAUUCCCGAGUUUGAUGUUUUCCAGACUGAUCCUUGGGGAUUGCCAGGUGAUUUGAAGGAAAAGAGGUACUUCUUUGGCACUAAAAAGAGGAGUGGUACUGUUCAUGAAAGCAAGUGCAAGAGAGCUGCUGGUUCUGGUUACUGGAAACCUAUUGGCAAAUAUAAGCAGAUAUUAGAUUCCAAGAGCAACCAAACACUUGGGAUAAGGAGAACUUUGAUUUUCUGUGAAAGGAAGCGUUCUUAUGGAACCAAGACAAGAUGGGUCAUGCACGAAUUUCGUCUUCUUGACUCUGAAACAAACCUCGGCUCCACCCAGGUCAUGAUGUCUAAAACGGAGAUUGAAGAUUGGGUUGUCUAUCGUGUAUUUCAAAGAAAGAAAAGACCUGAAAAACAAGCUGGGAUCAUUUCUCGGUCAUCUAACAACGAGAACAGCGAGAGAAUGGAGGCGAUCAUGAUCAGGCCAAAUCUUAUGAAUUACUGCAUGUUGGAAUUAGACAACUCUAGAUCUGAUCACUACUUAGGCCCUCCUCAAGUACCUAAUUCCUCAUCAUGUUCGAGUGAAAUCACUCAUGAGGUCUCCUCUAAUAAUGCGUUAGAUCAGGAAGAAACAAGCUGUUCCCGAAGUAGGAUUUCUUCAUUUUCACACAUAUAUAUUAAUGUACAUGAGAGAGCCUUAAAUUAAAACGUCGUGAGCUAGAGACUUGUCAUAUCAGGUAUUCAUGAAGUUAUACUACUCGAUCGUGUCAUGUUAUGCAACAAAUUAAUUAUAUGCCUUUAACUCAUCAUGUUUCAGCUAGCAAGAAAAUCCUUAAUUA